AUGUCAAAAUACAAAGCUAUGCUUUUAUUACAGGGCAAACUUGUACAAACUUUACAUUUUGGGCCAUAUGCUAAAAAUUGGUGGAUUUCAUGUUUAACUCAUGAUUUAACAUAUACAUUUCUCUAUCCGGUUUGUCUCAGUAUGAAAACUAUAACUAUAGUAAAUCAUCGUGACUUCAUAAUUACAGUUGUUCAGAAUAAUUUUGAACCCAGGUAUAUAUGUCAAUCAGAAGCCUUGCAGAGUAAUAUAUGUCGAAGUUUAUCAGAAGCAAUUACUUCUAUAUAUCAACAAGCUUUUUUUACAAAAACUAGAUUAGAUGGUCUAUUAGUUAUGGGUUAUUGUGAUUCAGAGAUAUGUAAAAUGUUACUUUCUAGUAUUUAUUUUCAUUCUUAUACUAUUACAACUGGAAGCUUAAACUUGACUAUUUUUGGAAUUGGUAAAUCAAACAACCCCAAUUGGAAUUAUGCCAGAAAAGGAUACCGAAGCUCUUUUGUGCAUAACUUUCGCAAAACUCGAUUGAUAUUUUUUCAAGAAUUUAACAAUAAAGAAGCGAUUGUUAGAAUUUAUCAAAAUUUUCAAGAAAUUCAGACUUUUUGUGAUACUAACCCUAACUCCAUUUGGAAUAAAAUCGGUAUAUUAACACAGUUUACAGGAAGCAUACUAUUUGGACUUGAACAUGAAUGGAUGAAGUCAAAAAUCAGCAAAGAACUAACCCUUUUGUGUACUAAAAAAUAUCAAUAUGUCUAUAAAAUGAAAAAAAAUUUUAUUAACUGGAAAAAUCAAGAAAGCAAUAUUAUUGAAUUAACAACAAAAUUACAAGAAAUAUACCCACCAGAUUAUACUAUUGAAGACUGUGAAUUGCAUGUCUGGAAAACCUUAUUACAAUAUACAGGCUGUACCAACAGAACGCCUUUUGGAAAGGAAUCUACGUUUGAAUUUUGGACUCAAUCAAAAGACCCAACAAAUAACCAAGCAAUGUUAAAGCAGUUGUACGAAAACAGAUAUUUUAGUACUGAAAAUCAUGAAAGUGACGCAGCAAUUUUGGAAUGCAUUUCAGGAUGCCUUAGAUGUUAA